GGGGAACUUUUAUCUAAAACGCAAGCAAUUGAACGGAUAACGGGUGGCUCCCUCUGAAUUUCAGUCAGGCGUAGGCUGAGAGAGUGGCCAACGCCGGAAUCUGGUCUCGCCGGCGGCAGGUUUUCAUUUCGUGUUUUUAACUGAUUGAUGGUAGAAGAAGAUCAGAGACUACAGAAAUGGCAUUUGUAGGAUUGAGAUGCAUUCGGACCCAACCUUUCUUGCUUCACCCUGCUGCUUUGUUCACUAGAAGGAGGAGAGUUUUGUAUUUCUCUGUGAAAUCCUCUCAAUCCCAAACAGCUACUCAAGAAAAGCAAAGGCCUAUAGCAAUUUCACCCCAUUUUGAUAAACAGAUUAUUGAUAAAAUCUCCAAGGACUAUGAAGCUAUUAUUGGCAUUGAAACCCAUGUUCAGCUCUCCACUCUCACCAAGGCCUUCUGCAGCUGCCCUUACAAUUAUGGUGUUUCACCGAACACAAAUAUCUGCCCCAUCUGCAUGGGGCUUCCUGGUGCCUUGCCUGUUUUGAACUCAAAAGUGAUUGAGUUUGCAGUGAAGUUGGGUUUUGCACUAAACUGCAGUUUGUCUUUCAACUCAAAGUUUGAUAGGAAACAGUACUUUUACCCAGAUCUUCCCAAGGGCUAUCAAAUAUCUCAGUUUGAUAUACCAAUUGCGAGUGGCGGUUUCAUUGACCUUGAUCUUCCUAUUGAGUAUGGUGGGGGGCAUAGGCGGUUUGGUAUCACCAGGGUUCACAUGGAAGAGGAUGCUGGAAAGCUACUUCACUCUGAAAGUGGAAGCUACUCUCAGGUUGACUUGAACAGGGCAGGAGUGCCCUUGCUUGAGAUUGUUUCUGAACCUGACAUGAGAACUGGGAUUGAAGCUGCAGAGUAUGCUGCUGAGUUACAGAGGUUGGUUCGAUAUUUGGGCGUAGGUAAUGGAAACAUGCAAGAAGGUUCCCUUCGGUGCGAUGUGAAUGUGUCGGUUCGACCUAUUGGGCAGUCACAGUUUGGAACAAAGGUGGAGAUAAAAAACUUGAACUCAUUUUCAUCCAUGAGCAGAGCAAUUGAUUUUGAAAUUUCAAGACAAGUGCUUCUCCAUAGUCAAGGCCAAAGUGAUCAAAUUGUACAGGAAACCAGACUAUGGGAAGAAGGCGCUCAGAAAACAAUUACAAUGAGGAAAAAGGAAGGACUUUCUGAUUAUCGAUAUUUUCCAGAACCCGAUCUCCCCGAAGUCAUCCUCACAAAAGAAUAUGUUGAUAAUAUCCGUGAUUCUUUGCCUGAACUUCCAGAAAUGAAGCGUAGAAGAUAUGAGAGUAUGGGCCUGAGCAUGCAGGAUGUGCUUUUCCUGGCAAACGACAUUAGUGUGGCUGAGUUUUUUGAUGCAACUAUUGCAAGGGGGGCUGAAGUGAAGCUGGCUGCAAACUGGAUAAUGGGUGAUAUUGCAGCCUACAUGAAAAAUGAGAAGCUAACUAUAAAUGAUAUCAAGCUCACUCCAGAAGAGCUUGCUGAAUUGAUAGCUUCCAUAAAAGGUGGUACCAUUAGUGGAAAGAUCGGGAAAGAGAUCCUUUUCGAGUUGCUAGCUAAAGGUGGAACUGUAAAUGGGCUGAUUAAAGAGAAGGAUUUGGUUCAGAUCGCCGAUCCGGCCGAGAUAGAGAGAAUGGUGGAGAAAGUACUAGCAGAGAAUCCAAAUCAGCUAGAACAGUACCGUGGUGGCAAAACCAAGCUGCAAGGCUUUUUUGCUGGCCAGGUGAUGAAAGCAUCCAAAGGUAAAGCAAAUCCAGGGCUUCUAAACAAGAUUCUCUUGGAGAAACUAAACGCCAAAAGCUGAUGAUUUUGUUCAACGACUACUCGAUGACGAUCGAUAAUCGUGGAUGUCAAAACCCGUGUUGCUCGAGAAGACGGUGACUGUAAAAUAUUGUAGAGAUUUUAGCCUUGUUCCUUCUUCAAGCUCUUCAGUACUAACCAGAUUCACGUUCUAUUUUAAUCAUAAUCACUCUAAAAUUAAACAUGUUUGUCUUAGAGUAAUUUUAUGUUGAGUGACUUGUAAUAAUUUUUCUGGAGAG